AUGGAAUGGACAGAACCCACCGAGAUCGGAUUGCCAAUCCUCAAGCUGAGGAUGAAGUUACCCUAUGGGCAAUCCCAAGUAACUGGAACAGGAGGUAGCGCAUCACAGAAACUGACAAAUGACGCGUUGACAUACCUCAGGGAAGUGAAGGAUAUGUUUCAAGAUCAAAGGGAAAAGUACGACAUAUUCCUUGAGGUUUUGAGAGAUUUCAAGGCUCAAAGGACUGACAUUACAGGAGUCAUAGCAAGAGUAAAGGAAUUAUUUAAAGGGCAUAGCAAAUUAAUUCUGGGAUUUAAUGCUUUCUUGCCAAAGGGAUUUGAAAUAUCCCUAUCCCCCGACGAGAAAAAGAAUGUGGAAUUCGAAGAAGCCAUCUCUUUUGUUAAUAAGAUCAAGGUUGCUAACCUUUUUGGCGACCAUCAGGACUUACUUGAGGAGUUCACCAAAUUCUUGCCCGAUAAUUCAGCAACGGCCUCCGCUCAUCGACUUCGCCAAUAUCAUAGAAAAAAUAUAUGGAGAGAACAAGAGAUGCUGUUCAUCCUUCACGUGGAGAAGAGUGAGUCAUUUUAUCGUCAGUAUUAUCUUUGCCAGUCCUGUUCUAUGGACAACCCCAAGGGGGAACGGAGGAGACGCCGGAUGUAUAGCGUCCAGGAGACUGACAUCCAUUCUUCAGUGAAUCGAUACAAGAAGAGUCAUGGCAAGAACAAAGGAAUUAUUCACAGGAGGGAGGAAAAUGUUUAUCUAUCGUUUCUGGACGCUCUCAAUAGUUACCGGCACGGAAUCAACCCAUUUAGGGCUGUCUACCAUGAGUUUGCUGGUCUAUUUGCUGGCCAGCCAGACUUGUUCGAGGAAUUCAAGAGAUUCUUACCCGAAAGCUUUCAAGAUCAGGAAGAGCUCAGCUCUCUCACCACACUGACCUCACAUGGCUCGCAAAUGGACAAAACGCGCCGAGAUUGGAUUGCCGAUCCUCAAGCUGAGGAUGAAGUCACUGUAGAUUGCCCCGAUCUGCAUAGCAAUGAGGAGAUAAUGAAAGUGCACGAGGGCGAGAUGAAGCCUUUCGAGGGACACGUUCUACUGAAGAUUUCAGCAAUAUAUUCAGUUCUUGCAGGAUUAGUUUUCCUCGUUGCUUUAUGA